CGUCACUUAGAUGGACUGAGCUCCAGGUUUGAGGCUCAGUCUGCAGCCAGCAGAAGAAGAAGAGGUUCCGUGGAGGACAGGAGCGUUUGAUCCGCGUCUUUGUUUCCCUCUCCAGCGGGGCUGGGAGAACAAAAGCCGGACAAAGUAAUCAGAGGCGUGCGCUCAGGGAUAGCUUGCUUCUUACUUCAGCCUCAAUAGUCUUUGUGGUCGGGCUGUCCAUGCACCCUAGGAGGAUCCCCUAACCAUCAGCAGUCCCCCUUCCCUCCGUCGGGCUGGGAGAAACCUCAGCUCCUUCUCUUUUUAUUUAUUUGUCUGCAUCAGACCCAAGCAGCGUUCAGACUGCGCAGAUCCUCCACUGACCGAGGAGCAUCUCGCUCGCUCUCCACGUCGUCUUCUCGCCUGCAACCUCCAGCUCUGGCAGCACCGAUUGAUGUACAGGAUCCAUUCCCCCAGAUAGGCUGCAAUGUUGCGCAUCAUGGCCAACGCGCUGGCGGCGGGAUUGCUUUUCCUGGGAUUCUUGCACAGUUUGGAAAUCUCUCCGUCCAGGGCUGCCGAUGCUCCAAGAAGCUGCAGCCCAAAGCAGUUUGUGUGUAAGGACGGGGUGACGUGCAUCUCUAAAGGCUGGCGCUGCGAUCGAGAGAAGGACUGUCCAGACGGCUCUGAUGAGGAGCCUGAUAUUUGUCCACACAGCACCAUGUCCCACUGCCCGCCCAACGAGUACCAGUGUGGAGGGACGGAGCUGUGCAUCCACAUGAGCAAACUGUGCAAUGGGGUCCCAGACUGCACCGAUGGCUGGGACGAGGGAGCGCACUGCAGAGAGCAAAGAUCCAACUGCUCCAUUAAAGGUUGUCAGGAGAACUGUACCGCUACUCCAGCAGGACCCCUGUGUUACUGCAAGAAUGGAUAUGAGAUCAGCUCUGAUGGAAAGACAUGCAGAGACUUUGAUGAGUGCAGCGUUUACGGGACCUGCAGUCAGACCUGCACGAACACCGAGGGCUCUUACUUCUGCUCCUGUGUGGAGGGUUAUCUGUCCCAGCCAGACAACCGCUCCUGCAAAGCUAAAAAUGUGCCAGUGGACCGCCUGCCGGUCCUGCUGAUUGCCAAUUCCCAGAACAUCCAGGCUACCUCCCUGAGUGGCACCACUGUCCACAGCCUGCUGUCUACCAGCACCAAACAAACCACGGCCAUGGACUUCGUUUACGCCAAGGAAACGGUCUGUUGGAUUAAUGUGGGAGACUCCCCCUCAUCCACACACCUCAAAUGUGCCUCGAUCCCCAAUCUGAAGAGCUUCACAGAGGAAAGAAUCAUCAACAUCACCUUCAGUUUGCACCAUGUGGAGCAGAUGGCCAUCGACUGGCUCACAGGAAACUUCUACUUUGUGGACGAUGUGGACGACAGGAUCUUCGUGUGUGACAGGAACGGGCAGACGUGUGUCACGCUGCUGGACCAGGAGCUGUACAACCCUAAAGGCAUCGCUCUGGACCCCACCAUGGGGAAGGUCUUCUUCACCGAUUAUGGUCAGAUCCCAAAGGUGGAGCGCUGCGACAUGAACGGCCAGAACCGGACCAAACUAGUCGACAGCAAGAUCGUUUUCCCACACGGCAUCACGCUGGACCUGGUCAGCAGACUGGUGUACUGGGCCGACGCUUAUCUGGACUACAUCGAGGUGGUGGACUAUGAGGGCAAGAACCGGCACACCAUCAUCCAAGGCCUGCUGAUCGAGCAUCUGUAUGGGCUGACUGUGUUUGAAAACUACCUGUACGCCACCAACUCAGACAACGCCAACAUGCAGCCUAAAACCAGCGUGAUCCGGGUCAACCGCUUCAACAGCACAGACUACCAGGUCGUCACCAGGGUGGACAAAGGAGGAGCGCUGCACGUUUAUCACCAGAGACGACAGCCUCCAGUGCGUAGCCACGCGUGUGAGGAGGACCAGUUUGGGAAGCCUGGAGGCUGCUCGGACAUCUGUCUCCUAGGUAACGGACACAAAACCCGGACAUGCCGCUGUCGCUCCGGAUUUAGCCUGGGCAGUGAUGGCAAGUCCUGCAAAAAACCCGAGCACGAGCUCUUCCUGGUUUACGGAAAAGGUCGCCCGGGUGUCAUCAGGGGCAUGGACAUGAACGCCAAAGUACCGGACGAGUACAUGAUCCCCAUCGAGAAUCUAAUGAACCCCAGAGCUCUUGAUUUUCACUCCGAGAGCGAGUUCAUUUAUUUCGCCGACGCCACCAGCCAUUUCAUUGGGCGACAGAAGAUUGAUGGAACAGAGAGGGACACCAUUCUGAAGGAAGGGAUUCACACAGUCGAGGGCAUCGCUGUGGACUGGAUGGCCAACAACUUGUACUGGACCGACGACGGACCAAAGAAAACCAUCAGCGUGGCUCGGCUGGAAAAGGCCUCGCAGACCCGCAAAACCCUCAUCGAAGGCAAGAUGACUCAUCCUCGCGCAAUCGUGGUGGAUCCUCUUCAUGGGUGGAUGUACUGGACGGAUUGGGAGGAGGACCCUAAGGAGAGCAAGAGAGGGAAAAUCGAGCGGGCUUGGAUGGACGGCUCCAACAGAAAUGUCUUCCUGACCAGCAAGACUGUCCUUUGGCCAAACGGCCUCAGUCUGGACAUUCCUCAAGGCAUCCUCUACUGGGUGGAUGCUUACUACGACCGAAUCGAGAUGGUGUACCUCAACAGCUCCGGCCGCAAGACGGUGUACGAGGGUCAGGAGCUGAACCACGCCUUCGGCUUGUGCCACUAUAAACACUUCUUGUUCUGGAACGAGUACCGCAGCGGCAGCAUUUACAAGCUGGACACCACCACCGCCACCGCCACCCUGCUGCGCAACGAGCGGCCGCCCAUCUUUGAAAUCCGGAUGUAUGACGCGCAGCAGCAGCAAGGGUCUAAUGCGUGUCGCCUUUCCAACGGUGGCUGCAGCAGUCUGUGUCUGGCCACACCAGCAGGUAGCCAGUGCGCCUGUGCAGAGGACCAGAUACUAGACCCGACUGACAACACCAGCUGCAAAGCCAACCCGUCUUACGUACCCCCUCCUCAGUGCCAGCAGGGAGACUUUGCUUGUAAGAACAGCCGCUGCAUCCAGGAGCGCUGGAAGUGCGACGGAGACAACGACUGUCUGGACAACAGCGAUGAAGCUCCCGAGCUUUGCCACCAGCACACCUGCCCCACAGACAGAUUCAAGUGUAAGAACCACCGCUGCAUCCCUCUGCGCUGGCUGUGCGACGGGGACAACGACUGUGGGGAUGGUGAGGAUGAAUCUAACACCACCUGCUCAGCUCGCACCUGCCCGCCCAAUCAGUACUCCUGCACUAGCGGGCGCUGCAUCCCCAUUCCCUGGACGUGCGACCUGGACGACGACUGUGGCGAUCGAUCGGAUGAACCUGCCUCCUGCGCCUACCCCACCUGUUUCCCCCUCACACAGUUCACCUGCAACAACGGGCGCUGCAUCAACAUUAACUGGCGCUGUGAUAACGAAAAGGAUUGUGAGGACGACUCUGAUGAGUUGAAUUGUCCAAAGCCGACCGAUAACGACUGUGGGGACAACAGUGACGAGACGGGCUGCAGCCACUCCUGCUCCAGCGCUCAGUUCAAGUGUAACAGUGGCCGCUGCAUCCCAGAUUACUGGACGUGUGAUGGAGACAACGACUGUGGGGACUACAGCGAUGAGACACACGCCAACUGCACCAAUCAGACCACACGUCCGCCUGGUGGUUGUCAUACAGAUGAGUUUCAGUGUCGAAUGGACAGCCUCUGCAUCCCUCAGCGUUGGCGCUGUGACGGGGACACGGACUGCAUGGACAUGAGUGAUGAGAAGAACUGCGAGGGCAUCAUUACCACCACCUGUGAUCCAGCACUCAAGUUUACUUGCAGAGACACUGGUCGGUGCAUCAAUAAAGCCUGGAUUUGUGACGGCGACAGCGACUGUGAGGACAACUCGGACGAGGACAACUGUAAUAAUCUGGUCUGUAAGCUCUCUCAUCACAUGUGUGCCAACAACUCCACCAUCUGUCUGCCUGCGGAGAAGCUCUGCGAUGGCACCGACGACUGCCCAGAUGGUUCUGAUGAGACACUCUGUGAUCUGUGCUCUGUGAACAAUGGCGAGUGCAGCCAUAACUGCACCGUGGCCCCCGGUGAGGGUGUGGUCUGUUCCUGCCCGCUGGGCAUGGAGCUGGGGUCCAACAACAAGACCUGUCAGAUCCAAAGCUUCUGCGCAAAACACCUGAAGUGCAGUCAGCGCUGCGAGCAGGACAAGUUCAGCGUGAAGUGCUCGUGUUACGAAGGAUGGGAGCUGGAGCCCGACAUGGAAAGCUGUAAAAGCACGGACCCAUUCAAGCCCUUCAUCAUUUUCUCAAACCGUCACGAGAUCCGUCGCAUCGAUCUAAACAAGGGAGAGUUCAGCGUGCUGGUACCAGGCCUCAGAAACACCAUCGCCCUGGACUUCCAUCUGAACCAGAGCUCCCUCUACUGGACCGACGUGGUGGAAGAUAAGAUCUACCGCGGGAAGCUGUCCGAGAACGGUGCAUUAACCAGCUUUGAUGUGGUAAUCCAGUACGGGCUGGCUACACCCGAGGGCCUGGCAGUGGACUGGAUAGCGGGAAAUAUUUACUGGGUGGAAAGUAACCUGGAUCAGAUCGAAGUGGCCAAGUUGGACGGCACCAUGAGGACCACUCUGCUGGCGGGGCACGUGGAACACCCUCGAGCUAUUGCUCUCGACCCACGGGACGGGAUCCUUUUCUGGACAGAUUGGGACGCCAGUUUGCCGAGGAUCGAGGCUGCAUCCAUGAGCGGAGAGGGCAGAAAGACCAUCCAUAAGGAGACAGGCAGCGGGGGCUGGCCAAACGGGCUCACUGUGGAUUAUCUAGAGCGGAGAAUCCUCUGGAUCGAUGCCAGGUCUGAUGCCAUUUAUUCAGCUAAGUAUGACGGCUCUGGGCUGAUCCAGGUUCUGAAAGGCCACGAGUAUCUCUCCCAUCCGUUUGCCGUCACCAUGUAUGGAGGAGAGGUUUACUGGACCGACUGGAGGACCAACACGCUGGCCAAGGCCAACAAGUGGACCGGGAGUAACGUCACAGUGGUCCAGAGAACCAACACGCAACCUUUUGACCUGCAGGUGUAUCACCCAUCCAGACAGCCACAGGCUCCUAACCCCUGUGCAGCCAGAGACGGCAAAAAGCCGUGCUCUCACCUCUGCCUCAUCAACUACAACCAGACGUUUUCCUGCGCUUGUCCUCACCUCAUGAAGCUGGGCCCUGACAAACAAACCUGUUAUGAGUCGCGACAGUUUUUACUGUAUGCUCGACAAAUAGAGAUCAGAGGAGUGGACAUCGACAACCCGUACUACAAUUACAUCAUCUCCUUCACCGUGCCGGACAUCGACAACGUGACCGUGGUCGACUACGAUGCUCUGGAGCACCGGAUCUACUGGUCCGACGUGCGAACUCAGACCAUCAAGAGAGCUUUCAUCAAUGGGACUGGGGUAGAGACGGUGGUGUCUGCUGAUCUACCCAACACACACGGUCUGGCAGUGGACUGGGUGUCCAGGAAUCUGUUCUGGACCAGUUAUGAUGCCAAUAAAAAACAGAUUAAUGUCGCCAGACUGGACGGAUCGUUCAAGAACGCUGUUAUCCAGGGUCUGGACAAACCACAGUGUCUGGUACUGCAUCCAAUCCUGGGGAAGUUGUACUGGACAGAUGGGGACGACAUCAGCACGGCCAACACAGACGGCAGCAACCGCAGCGUCCUCUUCACCAACCAGAGAGGCCCUGUUGGUCUUUCUAUUGACUUUGAUGAGGAAAAGCUGUACUGGGUCAGCUCAGGGAACGGCACCAUCAGCCGCUGCAGACUGGACGGUUCUGGGCUGGAGGUGCUUGAAGGGGCGAAGGGGAAGUUGACCAAAGCUGUGGCUCUCGCCAUCAUGGGAGAUAAGCUGUGGUGGGCUGACCAGGGCACUGAUCAGAUCGGAACAUGUGACAAGAAAGAUGGCGGCAACUGGAAAGUCCUGAGGAACAGCAUUUCUCCCAUGAUGCACAUGAAGAUCUACAAUGAAACCGUGCAGACAGGCACCAACCUGUGCAGUAAUAACAAUGGCGACUGCUCCCAGCUGUGCCUCCCCACCUCUCCGAAUACCCGAGCGUGCAUGUGCACUGCAGGAUACAGCCUGCAGAGCGGGCAGCAGUCCUGCGAGGGUGUGGGCUCUUUCCUCCUGUAUUCGGUGCACGAGGGGAUUCGUGGUAUCCCUCUGGACCCUUCAGACAAGUCUGAUGCCCUGGUACCGGUUUCUGGCACCUCCCUAGCUGUGGGCAUAGAUUUCCAUGCUGACAAUGACACGAUCUACUGGGUGGAUAUGGGCCUGAGCACCAUCAGCAGGGCCAAGAGAGACCAGACGUGGAGAGAAGACGUGGUCACAAACGGUAUUGGUCGAGUAGAAGGCAUCGCUGUCGACUGGAUAGCCGGAAACAUCUACUGGACCGACCAGGGCUUUGACGUCAUUGAGGUGGCCCGACUGAACGGUUCCUUUCGUUAUGUGGUGAUCUCCCAGGGCCUGGACAAGCCUCGCGCCAUCGCCGUGCAUCCGGAGAAAGGCUACCUGUUCUGGACCGAGUGGGGCCAGUACCCCCGCAUCGAACGGUCUCGCCUGGACGGCUCGCAGAGAGCCGUUCUGGUUAACGUCAGUAUCAGCUGGCCCAACGGGAUCUCUAUUGACUAUGAGGAGGGUCUGCUUUACUGGUGUGACGCCCGGACAGACAAGAUUGAGCGCAUUAACCUGGAGACGGGUGAAAACAGGGAGGUGGUGCUGGCCAGCAACAACAUGGACAUGUUCUCCGUGUCUGUGUUUGAGAACUACAUCUACUGGAGCGACAGGACGCAUGCUAAUGGAUCCAUUAAGAGAGGCAGCAAGGACAACGCCACUGACUCGGUCUCACUGAGGACCGGCAUCGGGGUGCAGCUCAAAGACAUCAAGGUUUUCAACAGGGCCAGGCAGCGAGGAACGAAUGUGUGCAAAGACAAAAACGGCGGGUGCGAGCAGCUCUGUCUCUACCGAGGCAACGGGCAGCGUACGUGCGCCUGCGCUCACGGCAUGCUGGCUGAGGAUGCUAGCGGUUGCCGGGACUACGACGGGUACCUCCUCUACUCGGAGCGCACCAUCCUCAAGAGCAUCCACCUGUCGGACGAGAACAACCUCAACGCGCCCAUAAAGCCAUUUGAGGAUCCCGAGCACAUGAAGAACAUCAUCGCCCUCACGUUUGAUUACAGAGGAGGAGGAGGAAGAGGAGCCAACCGCAUUUUCUUCAGUGACAUCCAUUUUGGAAACAUCCAGCAGAUCAGCGACGACGGAUCCGACCGCAAGACUAUAGUGGAAAAUGUGGGCUCUGUGGAGGGUUUGGCAUACCACAGGGGCUGGGAUAUGUUGUACUGGACCAGUUACACCACCUCAACCAUCACACGCCACACUGUGGAUCAGAACUUCUGGGGGGCCGUUGACCGGAACACCGUGGUCACCAUGUCCGGAGAUGACCACCCGAGGGCCUUUGUGCUGGACGAGUGUCAGAGCUUGAUGUUUUGGACCAACUGGAACGAACAGACUCCCAGUAUCAUGCGUGCCACUCUGAGUGGCUCCAACGUCCUGGUGAUCAUCGGGACGGACAUCAGGACCCCCAACGGCUUGGCCAUCGACCACCGCGCGGAGAAACUUUACUUCUCAGACGCAACACUUGAUAAGAUUGAGCGCUGCGAGUACGAUGGCAGUCGGCGACGCGUGGUGUUGAAGAACGAGCCGGUCCAUCCGUUCGGCCUGGCCGUGUACGGAGACUACAUCUUCUGGACCGACUGGGUCCGGAGGGCCGUGCUUCGGGCCGACAAAUACACAGGGGGCGACAUGAAGGUGUUGCGGGCCGACAUCCCCCAGCAGCCGAUGGGUAUCGUUGCUGUGGCCAAUGACACUAACAACUGUGAGUUCUCUCAGUGUCGCGUCAACAACGGAGGAUGUCAGGACCUGUGUCUGCUGACCUCCGAGGGAAGGGUGACCUGCAGUUGUCGCGGUGAUCGGAAUCUUUUGGAAGACAACACCUGCACCGCCAUCAACUCUACGUGCAACAGCAUUGAUGAGUUUGAGUGUGGAAAUGGAGACUGCAUCAACUACACGCUGACAUGUGACGGCAAGGCCCACUGUAAGGACAAGUCAGAUGAGAAGCAGUCGUACUGUGCCAACCGUGUGUGUAAGAAGGGCUACAGACGGUGUGUGAACGGCCGCUGUGUGGCUCACAGAUACUGGUGCAACGGGCGGGACGACUGUGGGGACAGCUCUGAUGAAGUCUUCUGUAACACCACGCUCUGCUCAGCCAAUCAGUUCCAGUGCAGAGAUGGAGGUUGCAUCACCAACUCCAGCAAGUGCAACCAGAAAGUGGACUGUGAGGAUGCGAGCGAUGAGAUGAACUGUCCUGCCACAGACUGUUCGUCCUACUUCCACCUGGGGGUAAAGGGGGUGCUGUUUCAGAAGUGUGAGUUCACCACCCUCUGCUACGCACCUUCCUGGCACUGCGAUGGAGCCAACGACUGCGGAGAUUUCUCUGAUGAAAGAAACUGCUCAGCAAUCGGGGAAUCAAAGUGUGCCUCUCCGUUCUUUGCCUGUCCGAGCGGCCGCUGCAUCCCCAUGAGUUGGACUUGUGAUGAGGAGAACGACUGUGAGAAUGGAGCAGAUGAAACUCACUGUGAUAAAGUGUGCUCAGCAUCACAGUUUGAGUGUAGGAACCACCGCUGCAUUCCUAGCCGCUGGGUGUGUGACGGGGCGGACGACUGUGGUGACGGCAGCGACGAGGACAACAAGUGCAAGAGUAAAACCUGCAGCCCUGAGGCGUUCCAUUGUCCUGGAUCCCACGUUUGUAUUCCUCAAAACUGGAAGUGCGAUGGCGACAAAGACUGUCCUGAUGGAGCCGAUGAGAGCGUCAAAGUCGGCUGUGUGUUCAACGACACAUGCAGCAGCGAUGAGUUCAUGUGUCAGGACCGACGGUGUAUCCCCCGCCACUUUGUGUGUGACCAUGACAGAGACUGCAGCGAUGGCUCUGAUGAGUCCCAGGAGUGUUUCUAUCCAACAUGUGGACCCAACCAUUUCCGCUGUGAGAACGGACGCUGUCUCAUGCAGAAAUCCUGGGAGUGUGAUGGAGAGUUCGACUGCCACGAUCACUCAGAUGAAGCACCAAAAAAUCCUCACUGCAACAGCCCAGAGAAUCGGUGCAAUGACACUGCGUACACGUGCAAUAAUGGAAACUGCAUCAACGAGACUCUGCUCUGUGACCAUAAGGACGACUGUGGAGACGGCUCUGAUGAGCUCAACUGUUUUAUCAACGAGUGUCUGAACAGCAAACUGAGCGGCUGCUCUCAGCUGUGUGAGGACCUUAAAACAAGCUUUAAGUGCAGAUGCCACCCUGGCUUCCGUCUCAAAGAUGAUGGGAAGACAUGUGUGGACAUAGAUGAAUGCACAACCACCUACCCGUGCACGCAGCGCUGCAUCAACACACACGGCAGCUUCCACUGUCUGUGUGUAGAUGGUUUCCAGCUCAGUCCUGAAAACCCAACGAUAUGCAAAUCCGUUUCAGACGAGGAGCCUUUCCUCAUCUUCGCUAACCGUUAUUACCUGAGGAAGCUCAACUUAGACGGCUCUAACUACACACUGCUCAAACAGGGUUUAAACAACGCCGUGGCUCUGGACUUCCACUAUCAGGAACAGAUGAUUUAUUGGACAGAUGUGAACACGCAGGGCAGCAUGAUCCGACGGAUGCACAUCAAUGGCAGUAAUGUCCAGGUUCUUCAUCGAACGUUACUUAGCAACCCCGACGGUCUGGCGGUGGACUGGGUGGGAGGAAACCUGUACUGGUGCGAUAAGGGACGAGACACCAUUGAAGUGUCGAAGCUGAAUGGAGCGUACCGAACCGUUCUGGUCAACAACGGUCUGAAGGAACCUCGGGCUAUAGCUGUGGACGUACGCUACGGGUACUUGUACUGGUCCGACUGGGGUGACACUCCUCACAUUGGGAGGAUCGGGAUGGACGGUACCAACAGGAGUGUCGUCGUACAAGACAAGCUCACCUGGCCCAACGGACUGACCCUGGACUUUAUCAACGACCGCAUCUACUGGGCCGACGCUCGGGAGGACUACAUCGCCUUCACCAGCAUGGACGGAACCAAUCGACAUACAGUCCUGACUGAGGACAUCCCUCACAUCUUCGCCAUGACGCUGUUCGAGGAGUACAUCUACUGGACUGACUGGGAGACAAAGUCCAUCAAUAGAGCUCAUAAGACUUUGGGGACAAACAAGUCCAUGCUGAUCAGCACCCUGCACAGACCAAUGGACAUCCACGUGUACCACCCAUACCGCCAGCCUGAAGUGGCAGGCCAUCCAUGUCAGAUAAACAACGGAGGCUGCAGCAAUUUGUGUUUGCUCUCACCUGGCGGGGGCUUCAAGUGUGCAUGCCCCACUAACUUCUACCUGGGAGCUGAUGGGAAGCAGUGCCUGUCCAACUGCACGGCGAGUCAGUUUGUUUGCAAAAAUGACAAGUGCAUUCCAUUUUGGUGGAAGUGCGACACGGAGGACGACUGUGGGGAUCGGUCGGAUGAGCCUGCUGAUUGCCCCGACUUUAAGUGCAAACCGGGUCAGUUCCAGUGUGGCACCGGGAUCUGCACCAACCCCGCCUACAUCUGUGAUGGAGACAACGACUGCCAGGACAACUCGGACGAAGCCAACUGUGAUAUCCACGUGUGCCUUCCGAGUCAGUUUAAGUGUUCCCAUCCUAAUCGCUGCAUCCCCGGAAUCUUCCGUUGCAACGGGCAGGACAACUGCGGAGAUGGAGAAGACGAGAAGGACUGCCCCGAGGUCACGUGCGCCCCCAACCAGUUCCAGUGUACCAUGAGCAAACGCUGCAUCCCGCGGGUGUGGGUGUGCGACCGGGACAACGACUGCAUGGACGGUUCUGACGAACCCGCCAACUGCACUCAGAUGACGUGCAGCAUGGACGAGUUCCGCUGUAAGGACUCGGGACGCUGCAUCCCGAACCUCUGGAAGUGCGAUGGUGAAUCAGACUGUGGAGACGACUCAGACGAGCCCAAGGAGGAGUGUGAUGAGCGGACGUGUGAGCCGUACCAGUUCCGGUGCAAAAACAACCGCUGCGUUCCCGGCCGCUGGCAGUGUGACUACGACAACGACUGUGGGGAUAACUCUGAUGAGGAGAAGUGUGUGCCUCGACAGUGUUCAGAGAGCGAGUUCGCAUGCACAAACGGCCGCUGCAUCGCCGGGCGCUGGAAGUGUGACGGCGACCACGACUGUGCUGAUGGCUCCGAUGAGAUUGGUUGUGAUGUGAAGUGUGACAGCGACCAGUUCCAGUGUAAAAACGGUCACUGCAUCACCAUCCGCUGGCGCUGCGACGCAGACGUUGACUGCAUGGAUGGCAGUGAUGAGGAGAGAUGUGACACAGUAAGCAGACACUGCCCCCAGCACGAGUUCCAGUGUAACAACUCCCUCUGCAAACCUCUCCACUGGACGUGUGACGGCGAGGACGACUGUGGAGACAACUCUGACGAGAGCCCAGAGCUGUGUGUGAAUUUCCAGUGUCCACCCACGAGACAGUUCCGCUGUCACAACGACAGGGUGUGUCUGCCGGUGUCAAAGCGCUGCGACGGGGUGGACAACUGUGGGGACAACAGCGAUGAGCUCCUCUGUCCAACGUCUCCUUUAACGCCAACGUGUCAGAAGAACGAAUCUCGGUGCUCUAACGGUCGCUGCAUCAGCACCGAUCUCUUCUGUGACCACUUCAACGACUGCGAGGACUACGGCUCUGACGAGAUCAGCUGCAGUAGGAAAGGACCAAACCAGUGCAGCAGUAACGUGACGAUGUGUGGGGAUGAAGACAAAGCUCACUGCGUCAUCAACGGCACCGUCUCCUUCUGCUCUUGCAAACCCGGCUUCAUGGCCAAGGGACAGAAAACGUGUGAAGAUAAGAACGAGUGUAAACAGUUUGGAGUGUGUUCCCACAUCUGCAACAACACAAAGGGUUCCUACAAGUGCAGCUGCCAAAAGUAUUUCAGCAGAAUAAAUAACACCUGCAAGGCUGAUGCUCAGGGACACGCGCUGUACAUCGGUGAUGACAAUGAGAUCCGCAGCCUGGACCCUUUCUUGCCAAACUGGCGCUACGAGCAGGUCUUCCAGGGUGAUGCCAACAUGCGCAUUGACGCCAUGGACCUGCACGUGAAAACCAAUCGCCUUUACUGGACCAACUGGCACACCGGGCAUAUUUCCUCCUACGACUUGCUUUUUUCGUCAUCGUCUUCCUCCCAAAACUCUAACCGUAACGGACGGCAGGGCGUCUCCCGGGUCGUCAACCUUGAGAUCCCAGAUCUGAAGAUGCCUAGAGGCAUCGCUGUGGACUGGGUGGCUGGGAACCUGUACUGGACCGAUUCUGGCAGAGAUGUCAUUGAGGUGGCACAGAUAAGUGGCGGCCGCCAUCGCAAAACCCUGAUCUCUGGCAUGAUCGAUGAGCCCUAUGCUAUUGUAGUGGACCCCCAAAGAGGGAAAAUGUACUGGGCGGACUGGGGCAACCACCCUAAGAUCGAAACAGCUGCUAUGGACGGAACCAUGAGAGAGAUGCUAGUCGAAGAAAACAUCCAGUGGCCAACAGGUCUGGCUGUGGACUACUUUAACGAGCGUCUUUACUGGGCCGACGCCAAGCUGUCCCUGAUCUGCAGCGUGAAGCUGGACGGCAGUGAUGCAGUCGUUGCUGUUAACACCUUGAAAAACAAGCUCCUUCACCCGUUCAGCAUCGAUAUCUUUGAGGACACCAUCUACGGCGUUACCUACUUGAACAACUACGUCUUCAGAGUGGAUAAGUUCGGUAGAGGUCCGGUUGAGAACCUGGCGACUGGAAUGAACCACGCCACGGACCUGGUUUUACACCAUCGAUAUAAACAACCUGAUGUGACUAAUCCCUGCGACAGGAAGAAGUGCGAGUGGCUCUGUCUGCUCAGCCCCAGCGGACCCGUCUGUACCUGUCCCAAUGGACGCACGCUGGACAACGGCACUUGCGUGGAGCUGCCUCCUCCCACCUUGUCCCCCAUCUCUCCUCCCAGUGGUACCUGCUUCCUCCAGUGUCUGAACGGGGGCAGCUGCUUCCUAAACGCACGCAAACAACCAAAGUGUCGCUGCCAGCCAAAUUACAGAGGAGAUCGAUGUGAGACUGAUCAGUGCAAAGACUACUGCAGGAACGGAGGGAUCUGCACUCCUUCUCCUACAGGCUCUCCUACCUGUCGAUGCCUGACGGGCUUCACCGGUCCAAACUGUAACCUGCACACCUGUAAGGAUUACUGCAAGAACAGAGGCAACUGCACUGUGAGUGCUGGAAACCAGCCGACGUGUCGAUGCCCUCCGGACUUCCUCGGGGACAAGUGCCAGUACCGAAGCUGUGAAGGCCACUGCCUGAAUGGCGGCACGUGUCUUCAGAGUGAAAACGACUCUAAGUCGUGCCGCUGUCUGCCUCAGUUCAGCGGUGCCACGUGUGAGAUCGACAGGUGUCACUACUGUCGGGACGGCGAAUGCAUCCCCAGCAACGGUUUCUCAUCUACGGGGGAGUUCAAAUGCCGCUGCAAAAAUGGCAGAAUCCAGCCCAGCUGUUACACAUGUGAUACAAACGAGUACUGUGCUAACGGGCAGUGCUCUAUCAGCCCCAUUACUCACCUUCCAGAGUGCAGAUGCUCCCCGGGCUGGACGGGGUACCGCUGUGAGUCUGUGUCCAUCAGCGAUGAAAGCUCGGCUUCUAGUGGACCUACCAUUGUGAUCACCGUGUUGAUCCUGGUGAUCCUGGUUCUCCUCGCCGUGGGGGCUAUGUGGUGGUACAGGAGAAGAAUGAGAGGGUCUAGCCGGCCCGGAAAAACCGGCUCCAAACGCUUGCGGGCCAAGGGCUUCCAGCACCAAAGGAUGACCAACGGGGCCAUGAACGUGGAGAUCGGGAACCCAGCGUACAAGGUCUACGAGGGCGAACCCGAUGAUGACGCAGGGGAGCUGCUGGACACAGACUUCACUUUGGACCCAGACAAGCCCACCAACUUCACAAACCCCGUAUACGCCACUCUAUACAUGGGAGCUCACAACAGCCGCAACUCUCUGGCUAGCACAGACGAGAAGAAGGAGCUGCUAUCGCGUGGAGAUGAGGAGCCCCUCGUGGACCCUCUGGCAUAGACUGUCCAUUAACUGGAUCAUAAUAAUCCAAAACACUCCCCUCCUCUUGCCUUUUAAAGAAAAACUACAAAAUUAUCAACAAAAAGCGUGAGACAAAUUGCUUAAGUGUGAACACUGUAUAAAAUGUAAAAAUGAAGGACUACUUUUGUAUGUGAUUGCAGUAUUAUAUUUUGUUCGCUAGAGAUUCCUCUGGUCAAAAACAAACAUUUUCUAUGAGAGAUUUUUAAUUUACACUUUUUCCCUUACCCUUUACCCAAAUAGCCACUACCUCUGUAAAAACGAUGACGGUGAUGACAUGGAAACCAGAGAAUCAACAGGAAAAAAAAAGCUAUAAUUCGAGCAAUUUUGAUUUUUUUAUUUUUGUAUGAAUUGUACAGAUGAGCAAUCGAACACUGUUCCAUUUCACCAGUGCCAACUGUUUGUUUUGUGUCAACUUUGAGCGGAAACAGCUCCGUUUUCUAGAAUCGGUACCUAGAGUCCGUCGUCCUGCUUCGUUGCUCGGCGAGACCGUGUAAAACAGAUUUGCGAUUAUUUGUGUAUAGCACUCGUAAAAAAACUAAGAGAAAAUGUCGAUAACCAGACGGCAACUUCAUAAUUUUCCAAAAUUAAGUUCUCAGAGAACAAUGUUGAAAAAAGAUGAUUGUGUUGUCUUCCUUGCACAGAAUCUCACACUUUACAGUAUUAUGUGUACAGUGGGCUUUUUUACCGCUAGAUGUAAAGAAGAUCUGAUUGUUUUUUUUUCCUUAUUUUAAAGCUUGUGUGUAGCUGUUUGAGGACGUGUGUUGAUGUGAUUGUGCAGUGGGAGAAUGGGUUCAACACUCCAUAGAGGAAGACCCACAGCUGGAUGAUGAAGGUGUCACGUCUAAUUGUUACCAAGGUCUUCAUCCAGAAGAAAAUGGCUGUCGUGGUCAGGAUUGAGAUUGUCGCCUUUUUUUUUUUACCGGAUGAAGUCCAUCUGGUUUUGCGAGUUAACAAAUCUCUUUGCCUUUAGAAAAUCAACGUCUGUAUCUUCACCAUCUGUAACGCCUCAGUCUGAAGUGCAUUAUGUUAAAUUUGUCUUUAGCAGUUCUCUUCUGUGCCCUGCUACUGCUAACGCUACCAUUCAGCCUGUCCCCUAAAUGCUGCUUUUGUCAGAAACACACAUUAGCCAUAUCGUACUGCAUGUGUAACACCAGCCUUCAGUGUAACAAGGGUUUAUUUAGCCUUCCUGUCCAGUGUUGGUUUUGUCUUAAAUUAAACAAGUACAAUCAUUUGACCUUUUUUGUUUGCUGAAUCCUCCAUGCAUUUCCAGGAUUUCCUUUCAAUUAGUCAUUUUAUUUUUUUAAAUGAAAAAAAAAAGACAUAGCUUUUCUAGUGCAUAAUGCAUGGAGACUCAGACUUUCUUCUGGAAAGAGAAUAAUGUUUAAUUUUUGCUGGAGUACUUUACAAACACAAUAACUGAUAUUGUCAUAAAUAAAACAUUUUUAAAGUUGUACAGACAA